GCUUUGAUAGUGGGUUGUAACCAACAAAGCGUCCAUACCGCCGAGAUGGGUAAACAAACCGGUAAAGCAACAUCAACUCAAAAAGUUGUUAAACAUGAAGAGAAAGCACUACAGGAAAACAUUCAGCUUGUUACCACGCGUAGACUUAUACGUGAAACUGUACACGGCUAUGUUUUCUGGUGUCUCUUCCAAGGACUUGCCCCCAUGAUCUGGUUCUAUCCGCUUAAUGAUUUGGAAAUAUCUGGCUAUGAGGUGUAUGCUGGACUUUGGUUUCUACAGGUAUUUACAGGUAUUGGUUUAGUUAAACGUGUGACAGAGCAGUGGGCAGUUUUUGCAUUCUUGCGAGGUUUGUGCGUCCUGUCACUGGCCUCAUUCCAGGCCCCCACCACCCUGUACCGCCUGAUUACCCUGGCUGCAGGAAACGGUGUCGCCACCAUCACCCUCACAGCUGCACUGUGGAACUCUGAUAGAACAGUUCGGGCGGGCACAUGUUGGGGCAUGUUGCUAGGAUUCCUGGCAUUUGUGAGCUCCAGAAUAUGGUUUGUAACCUUCGUACCCACCUGGUGGUGCAACACUAGCAACUCUGCCGUCAUCGCUGUUGGUAUCAUUGCUGUUAUUGAUCAAUUUCUGGAAGGUUCCCCAAGUGUGGCCAAUGCAGCCAGUGCAGGACCGAUGCAGAGAGGUCCCUGGGUCACCACAGGGCUUGGUUUUGGUUCCCUGCUGUAUCUGAUGAACUGGGUGUUUGGAGAGGUGUCCCUCAUUACCCGGUGGACUGUCCAGCCAUACCCUAAUAACGGACCUGAACCGUAUCCAUGGGGCGUGUGCACCCUGCUAGCCAUGAGUUUUGGAGCAUACAUGUCGGCCUGCCGCCACGUGGCCACCAGCAAGGUGUGGUGGGUCCUCGGACUGAUGUCUUUCCUCGCUCUAUACUAUCUACCUGCGUGGUCAGGCUUUGCUGGGGGUCUACUCCUAGGCGUGUAUGCCUUCUCCGUGUGGCCAGAGAUGGCUGACAGAGUGUCCCGAUGUCCGCCGGCCCGCACUCUCUUCCUGGCCAUACUCGUGUUUAUGAUUCAGAACUUCUUCCUCGUGUGGACGGUUGCAUUCAACUUUGUGCCCCUCGGCGAGUACACGCGAGAGCACACUGACGUUCUAAUCGCUAUGAACAUGAUCGGGAUUUUCCUGGGACUCUUUGUAGGAGGGAGCACCACUGAUGACAGUCACACUGCCUAUGUCAUGGUCAACAAGAAGAAACUUCCCAGCGGCAGUAGCUUUAACAGAAUUCUGGCUGUGAUACUCUGUUUUGGGCUUUUGGGGUUUGGAAAACGCCAUAUGGACCUUAGCAGCAAGUUUGAGCCCCCUAUCAAGUCAGGUCCCAGGCAGAUCACAUCGGCUAUCUGGACGUACCAUUUUGGGUAUGACAACAAAGGCUGGCCUAGCCUGGAGCGUACUGCAGCCCUCCUCAAUGACUCUGGCGCUGACGUGAUAACCAUGCUGGAGAGUGAUGCCUCCAAACCGUUCCUAGGCAACAAUGACCUUGGCACAUGGCUCGGUGAAAAAUUAGGAUUCUACGUAGAUUUUGGACCUUCUACACGGGACCAUACUUGGGGGAACCUGAUACUGUCCAGGUAUCCAUUUGUGAAAUCUGCUCAUCACCUGCUGCCUUCCCCACAUGGUGAGUUGGCCCCAGCCGUGUCUGCCACCGUAAAUGUGUCCGGCAGUCUUGUGGACUUUGUGGUGACCCACAUGGGCAACGACCGGGACAAACUGGACAGGAAACUGCAGGCCGAGUACCUGGCCAGGCUGCUCAGAGAGAGUGAGAACCCAGUGGUGUUCAUGGGCUAUGUGACCUCCAAGCCUGGCAGCAAUGAGUACCAGGAGCUCAUACAGCGAGGCAACAUGAAGGAUAUUGACGAGACCGACAAGAAGCGCUUCUGCGAGUACAUCAUGUACAGGGGUCUUAUCAGGCAGGGGUAUGCUCGGAUCACGCACGGUGGCCUGAGUGACACAGAGGUCCAGAUGGCGCGCUUUGAGAUUCCAACUUCAGCCGAGUACCGUGACAACACUGUCGUAACCACAGACAUCGAAAACAAUGUCUUUCCAGCCAAUGUGCUCUUUAAUGAAAAGUUUGGCAAGCUCCACCACGGCCAUGGGUAUUUUAACACACAUCGCUUCCACAUGAGCACACCAAAGUAUUUCUUACCAUGAACUUGAACAACCACAUACAACACGUUAUACUCAAGAUUUUCAUGCUGUUCAGAGUAUUUUACAUGAAUUUCAGCAACAUUAUUCUGCAAGACUUUCAUAUUGUAAAGAGUAUUUUACAUGAAUUUGAACAACAUUAUUCUGCAAGACUUUCAUAUUGUACAGAGUAUUUUACAUGAAUUUCAGCAACAUUAUUCUAAAAGACUUUCAUAUUGUAAAGAGUUUUAAUACAUUAAUUUCAGCAACAUUAUUCUGCAAGACUUUCAUUUU